AUGCAGAUCUUGAUCUACCUCAGUGUGGUCGUGGGGUUCGUCGUCGGUGCUUUCUUCAUGAUAGCCUUGGAGAUAUUCGGCUUCUGGAAGUCCGUGAAUCUCCCACCUAGGCCACGCACCAAGCCUUUCACAAAGUUCCUUCCGAUUCAUUUGCCUCAGAAGCUGCUGCGGCUGGUGCAACCCGGUAACUGGAGCAAACAGCGAGGCUUCCUCAUCGUCGCCAACCUCUUGGCGCAGUUCCUUUUUCGGGAGUGGAAGGACAGCAUCUUUCUGCGCAGAUUGCUUCUGAGUGCCAUCAGCAAGGGACUCCAGGAAGCCCAGCGAGGUGCCGCUGGAAAGAUAUUCGAGCGAAUUCAAGAAGUGGACAUCUUCAUCAGCUUGGACUAUGCCGGUGGUGUGACUCUUGCUGUGGACGCCGAGCUCAUCAUAGGCGGCGUGGCUUCGCUAGCGGUCAAGGUGAACCACUUCUCGGCCAAGAGCCGCCUGCAGUUUUCCAGAAAGCCCUACACGCACUGGUCAUUCGCCUUCUACGAGGAACCAAAGAUCUUGAUAUCUGUGGAAUCUUCGCUCCAGGGCCAGAGCUUCCCACAGAUUGCUAACAUCAUCUCGUCAACGAUCAAGCGGACGCUGCGCAUCAAGCACACCAUCCCGAGCUACAAGAUUCGCAUCAAGCCGUUCGUCUUGCUGCCGAACUUGCGUAUCGCGGCACCGCUUCAGGAGAAGAUCAGUCAUAGCGGCAAGCUCGAGGUUACGGUGGUCGAGUGCUCGAGAAUCGUGCUCUGCGAGGGAUCCUUCCAACUCUACUGCAUGGUCUCCAUCGAGGAUUCGCAGUGGAUCAACGUGGACAACAUUGUCGGCACAGCCUGGAUUCCCAUCGAGCUAGAGAUAAACAAGGAGAGGGGUCAGGCUACUGGGGUAGAACUCAAGGAGGGAGACAUCGUGGUAUCGAUCAAAGGCACAGACGUCACAGAAAUCAAGCAAGCCUACAAGCUCUUGGCCAAGCACGGUGAAAAAGUCACCAUGAAAGUCGAGAGAAAGUCCGAAUUCAAAUGGCACAAACAAGCCGCACAGGAACAACAAGCCCAACCCCAUAAGCCUGGUGAACAGUCAGCGCCCGCUCCUGGAACAUCCGCGAUGGAGGACACCAAGACAAAGAACUCUAUUGUCACCACAAAGACGACGCUGGCUAGCCUGCUCGGCGCUCAAAAAAUCAAGAGAAUUGGAGACAGCGAGGAGAUUCAAGCCCGUGCUAAAUCGAAGAACCAGCCCAUCGAGCGGACUCAGUUCGUCCUCUCAACCAGAGACCCCGUCUUUCUGGAAAAAUUCACGUUGGAUGUAAAAAACAACCUGAAGUACAUCAACAUCGGCAUAUUCAGCAAGGGCCAGAUCAUCAGCCUUCACGGCAUGAAGAAGAGACCCUCUGACACCAUGCUGGCUUAUAAUAGCAUCCCACUCACGUACGUUCUGGACGAAUGUCAGAAGACUACGCAAGGAUUCUUUGGGCCGGUGAUCAAGUUGCUCUGUCCCGAAUUCCAACAACUGCCCAAGGAUCUCAACAAGUACUCCACGCUCAAUGGUUUCGACCCGCGGCUGUGUUACGGCGACAUUACGCUUCACUUCGUCUUCAAGGGAGAAUACAAGUUCAGGGGCGGUCCCCAGCAGGACGUGGAAGAAAUGCACGACCUGAUGGGACUAGAGUCUAGCUGGUCGUCCACUAUGAAAACUCAAGCACCGAAAAACUUGGCCCAUAAGUUCGAAGAUGUUACUCUGAAGAAGAUCAUCGUAUGCAAGUAUUGUGACAACCGGAUUUGGCUGGGUUACGGAUGUCGGUGCAAGGUGUGCAACAUGAUCGUGCACAGCAAGUGCCGCCCCCUGGCGCAGCAGAAGACGCUAUGCAAACAGAAAAUCUGGCCAGAUGAGGACGCCGUCGACACCGGUAAGAGUUUGUCGCCUUCUUUGGGUGGCCAACCAAAGGCUCCUCCCCCGCCUCUGACCGAACCGGACCGCGAGUUUUUCCGCAAGCUCGAGAUGUCGGACACGGCGAGCGGCCUCAACCGCGCGCUCAAGUACCUCGAGUCGAAGCAGUACGGCCUGCGCAUGUACGCCGUCGCCGUCGAAGAGGCCAAGAACAUACACCGGGACCUGCCAGCCGACGCGCGCACGGAGCGGGUGCGCCAGGUGUACCACCGAGUGAAAGCCGAGUACGAAAGGGAGAAAGAGGAGCGAGAGAAGGCGCAAGCGAGGGCCAAGGCACAUCCGAACGAUGCGGGAUCGGUGGCGCAAGCUGCCGCCGCCGAAGAGCGGCUCAAGAACAUCAACCUGCUGCUACUCUACUACGCUUCGGGACUGAAACACAUCUACGAGGACCACGAAGCGAAGAACCCGUGA